AUGUGUGUAUUGGUGAGUGCUUGUGCCACUGUAGAAGCACAGCACAGCUCUUCCAGUCCUGUCUGCAGUUGGACAGCAGAAGACAAGACAAGUGGACAAGAGCAGAAGAAGAUGCCAGCCAUUUUGGUCAACCCCAAGAUGAAGUCAGGAUUGCCCAAGCCUGUGCACAGCGCUCUGCCCAUUCCUCAGGCUCACGUUCCGACACGGAUGACUCAGAGCAGCGGUGCGAAGCUCACACACUACUCCAGUCUGAGGAAAAGCAGCCAGAGCACCGGCGCACUGCAGAGAAAGAGGCUCACGGAUAACAAAACGUCUACAGAUCCACAGAUUUACACAGACUGGGCAAACCACUACCUGGCAAAGUCGGGUCAUAAGCGUUUGAUCAGAGACCUUCAGCAGGACAUAGCAGACGGAGUACUUCUGGCUGAGAUCAUCCAGGUUGUAGCUAAUGAGAAGAUUGCUGAUAUCAACGGCUACCCUGAAAACCGCUCUCAAAUGAUUGAGAACAUAGAUGCCUGUCUUGGCUUUUUGGCAGCGAAAGGAGUGAAUAUAAAGGGACUCUGUGCUGAAGAAAUCCGCAGUGGCAAUCUGAAAGCCAUCCUGGGCCUGUUUUUCAGCCUAUCACGCUACAAACAGCAACAACAUGCAUCACUAAAGCAAGCCAACGAAGAGACCCACAUCCUGCAGGCAGCCCGUGUCCGGAGUGCCAGUCCUGCCCAGGCACACUCCCCUUGGUGCACUCCCCAUGCACCCCCUUGCCUGGUCCAUAUCCAUGAGAAUGAGCAGAACAAUACCAGUGAAUCUGUGCUCAAGAUUCAAGAGGACAUGCAGUCCAGAGACUCAUCGCUGAGUAAAUCUCACAAGCUGUGUGCUGCUCCAAAAAAGUCCAAUAGACUACCAGGUCCAUCGAUCCAGCCCAGGAGAUCCAGCAGCAGACGCAGCCAGAGCUUCAUACAUCGUGACGAGUCUAAAACCCCGAUGUUAACCUGCACGCAGCGCACAGAUAAAUCAGGUUCAUCUCCAAUAAUGGUUGAUGAAGGACCUCCCAGUUCUCCUGUUCUUCCAUCUAGCAGCACCACUUGCACCACCAACACCAAAGGAUGGAGGAGCAAGUCUCUCAAUGCCAAGCACAGUGCCACCUCCUCUAUUCUUUCCAUCAAACCGCCCUCCUCAGCUUCCCUGGAGGUUCCUCCCAAAGUCAUCGCCCAAAAGUCCAUGCUAGACAAGCUGAAGCUCUUUAACAGCAGACCCUCUUCUCGAGCAUCCAGCGUCGCAUCUCUAGAAGAUCCUGAAGCUUUAAAUCCAGAUCUGAAUGAAGCAAACAUUUGUCCUUUCCACCCUGAAGCCCAUUUGGGAAACCAGCAACCUAACAUGGCAAGUGACUCCAGUCCUAAGUUGGCUCUGAAAGGUAUCGCACAAAGAACGCUGGGCAGGACUUUCGUGCCCAAGGUCAAGACUGCUGAGAAGGACAAAGACAAAGUAAAGACAAAAAGUAAAGCAGAUAAAGAUAAAACAACAAAACGAUCUUCUGGCAUUGAGCAAGACCGGAUUAUGGAAGUACAUCAAGAAACCAGGGCUGAACCUCCAACAUUGGCUGAUGGUAAAAAAUCCAGUUUGAUUCCCAAAGGAACCAAGGGCCAUAGCAACGCUAAGAAAGAAGGGUCAUCACAGAGCGGUAUACCCAAACCGGGGCAAACCAGUAAGGCCUCAGGGAUGGUAAAGAACUCAGUUGCAACCCCUGGUGGAAAAGUAGAACAUUCACGUGGUUUCAGGGCCGGAGGUCCUGCAUUGGCGCAUAAAUGUCUGAUGGAGAACAAGAACACGAACUCGGCCUCUAGUUUGGUGUCGACAGAAGGACGAUGCAGUCAGAACAGCUCGAGUAGUAUCACUCAGACCAGCAAUAACAACAACAUUCAGCUUCCUCAAACACAGCACAGCCAUCCCAACACGGCUACAGUCGCCCCCUUCAUGUACAGGUCUCAAACAGACGUGGAUAAGACCAGCAUGACUGAAGGAGGAGAAGGAAAGAAAGAGAGAUCAGUCCUUCACAGCAAAUCCAUCCACACGUCUCUGGAAAGCCUGAGAGGUGAGGAUUCUGAGAGCAGGAGACUGAGGACAGUGAAGAACAUCGCUGAUUUGAGACAAAACCUGGAGGAAACCAUGUCUAGCCUGAGACAGGUCACUCAUAUCAGUCACAGCACCCUGCAGACAACUUUUGAUGCCUGCAUAACCACAGAGAUCAGCACGCGGGGCUCGCUCGCCCUCACUCCCCGCCCUGUCUCGGCCGCUCCAUGGCAACCGGGUACAUCUGGUCCACGUCUUCAGGCAGGCGACGCCCCCUCGUUAACUAGUGGCUACGGCUCCAAUAAGGCGGAGAUGUUGGAGGGCAGUGCAGGUUACGUGAGCGAUGGAGACAUCCUGGGAAAGAGUGUCAGGAUGGACAGCGCCACCAGCGGCUACAUGACAGACGGAGGGCUCGGUGUGUAUACACGUCGGACACACAAACACUCCUCCACGCUCCCCCACUGCGAGAGCCACACUGACAUUGACAGCUGGGACGACAGCAGUUCAGUCAGCAGUGGGAUCAGCGACGCUCUAGACACAGAUGAACUCAACACCAGCUCGUCUCUCAGCUCCUACGUCAACACUCCAUCUGCUCCACGCAGGGACAUAGAAGAGCAGCUCCAGACAGACGCAGAGAAGCGUUCUGCCAUUGGAUGCAGUUCCACCUGGAACGACGACCUCAGGCGCCCAGACGGCUGCUCGGACCCAGGCGUUCAGAUGGAGUCCAGCUCAAAGUGGUGCAAUCCAUCUGAUUUCUCAGACGAAUCAGAGCGCAGUUUGACCGGGCGCAAACCGCAUACCAUAUCUCAAACAGGUUCUUGGAGGCGAGGCAUGAGCGCCCAACUGGGUAUCACCUGUCCAAGGACUAAGACUCCGACUCCAACGAACUGCAGCCCACUGAAAAUCCACAGUAAUGGCAAAACAGACGAUGCCAAAGUGUCAGAGAAAACUCGUUUCUCACCACAGAUACCUACAUAUGAAAGCAAGAAACUGCCCUCAAGCUCCGGCUCCCACACACCCACCAACACAUUCGGCUUCAAGAAAACCUCCAGUGGAGCAACAGUAACUGCCAGUGGUGCAGUCAUUACAACUGGCUCUGCCACUAUGGGGAAGAUCCCUAAGUCGAUUGGCUUUGGCUCAUCGCGUCUAGUGGGCAAGCAAACUAGUGUCGAUGACGGGUACCUUCCACCGAGUACUCGAACCACCCUCCAGUACCGGAGUCUGCCUCGGCCUAGUCGUUCCAACAGCAGCAUGGGCACCACCCGUGGUACCAGUCGCUCCAUAGAUGCUAGCCCCAUUAGCAAAGGCACAGCCACGCUACCCAACCCAAAGAGCCGCAGCCUGGCCAGAGCCAGUGCCAACCAGACAGACCGGGAGAAGGGAGUGUUCUCGGACACGGACAGCCUAGCUUUGGGACUACUAAAUAAAGCCACUGGUGGUGCUCAGUGCCUACCAGGUAGACAGGCAGGAGGGAAGAGCUCGGAUAUGUCAUCUCCUACUUUGCGCAGACUCUUUGGGAGUAAACCAGGCACCAAGCCGACCCCUGUCACCACCUCUGAGAAUAUGAAGAACUCCACCAUAAUCUCCAACCCACACACAACUUCCAUCCAGACUUGCGCUCUCGAGGCACCACCAGUCAGUAGCGGAAGCACACGUGGUCUCCUACAUGGGGAAAAUCUACCGAUUAUGCAGAACUCAACAAGCAAUGACAGCGUGAAGGUGUCUCUGGGCAAAGAGGAGAUGCUUUCAACGUGCCUUGAACGCACUGGCACCAUCCGGACUGGUCAAUCAGACAGGUAUGCUCAUCUGCAAGGGCGGGGCACAGAAGAUGCACGUGAUUGGCUGAACUGUCAUCCCAAUGGUGGAAUUCAGGACUCACCAGGCUCCUCCCCUUUUUCACCUGCCUCUACUCUCAGCUCACCUUCAGCAACACGCUUCAGCUUCACCACUAUUGGCAGUCCCACCAUGACUGCACAGAAAAACUUGGCAACCCCGCGGCCCCCUAGCAACUCUACAAAUCAUGACGGGCCACAUGAACAGCACGGCGACUCUCGUCUACGCAAUGCCACACUCACUCUGGUGGAGAAAAACCGCACCAUGAGCAGCUCUGGAUCUUUCCGUGAGGUGCUGGAGGAAGUGCAUGGUUCUUCUCUGUCUCUGGUGUCCAACACGUCUUCUGUCUACUCCACGCCUGAAGAGAAGGCUCAGUCAGAGAUCCGAAAGCUCAGGAGAGAGCUGGAGGCGUCUCAGGAGAAAGUGUCAACACUCACCACGCAGCUAAGUGCAAACGCUCACCUGGUGGCGGCAUUUGAGCAGAGCUUGGGCAACAUGACAGUCAGAUUGCAGAGCCUAACCACGACAGCAGAACAAAAGGACACAGAACUGAAUGAAAUGAGAAAGACUAUCGAGCUGUUGAAGAAGCAGAACACCGUCGCUCAGGCUGCCAUCAGCGGAGUCAUUAACACACCAGAGACCCCGAACAAAGACUCUUCCAGCGGUUCUCCUCUCUCAUCAGGAGCAACAGCAGAUCUGCAGAUCCAGCGCCAGGCCUCCUCUGACAGUGUGUCGAGCCUCACCAGUCACUCCAGCCUGGAGCUUGAUGCCAACAGUAAGAAGAAGAGGAAGAACUGGCUAAGGAGCUCCUUCAAACAGGCCUUCAGCAAGAAAAAGUCACCAAAGUCGGCCUCGUCUUAUUCAGACGUCGAGGAGAUGGAUGAGUCCUCUGUGCCUUCAUCACCCAGACUGCCGUAUGGCUGCCACUCUGCUGGGACAUCACUGCUCCGACACUCACACUCCAACUCACUCCCUCUCCUUUCAUCGAUCUCCAUUUAUGGAAAUGGUUGGGGUUGUAACAGUGCUCCCAUCAGGACCAGCUCUCUGGCACGGAUCUCGGAGUGUACGGACUGUGAGACAGAGACGGUCAUGCAGUUGCGCAGUGAGCUGCGUGAUAAGGAGAUGAAGCUGACUGACAUCAGACUGGAAGCUCUAAGCUCCGCCCACCAGCUCGACCAGCUCCGAGAGUCCAUGAACCGCAUGCAGGUGGAGAUGGAGAAGCUGAAAGUGGAGAAUGAGCGUCUGAGAACAACCAGUAGGGGGAGCUGCAGCACAACCACAUCACAGGCGUCUGCGUGUCCAUCGGCCGUCGGCGUGUCUUCUCAGUCAAGCCUCACUGAGUCCACCAGCCUAGACAUGCUGCUGGAGGACAGUGGUGAUGGCAGCUCUCGUAAAGAGGGACACCACGUUAAGGUGGUUGUGAGUCUGGACAGAGACCCAGAGUGGAAAGAGGAGUGCAGGCAAAACGACUUCCUGAUCGGCUGCAUCGGUGUCAGCAGUAAAACCAAAUGGGAAGUUCUGGAUGGUGUCGUCCGACGCCUCUUCAAGGAGUACAUUAUCCAUGUGGACCCGGUCUCACAGCUGGGCCUGAACACAGAUAGCGUGCUCAGCUACAGUAUCGGAGACGUUCAGCGCACCAGCGAAGCCGACAUGCCGGAGCUGCUGCCCUGUGGCUACCUGGUGGGAGACAGUGACACCAUCUCCGUCAGGCUGAAAGGUAUCGAGGAGCACAGCGAGGAUGCGUUGGUGUUUGAGACGCUCAUCCCGAAGCCCAUCCUGCAGCGCUACGUUUCUCAGCUCCAGGAGCACCAGCUCAUCAUUCUGUCCGGACCCUCGGGCACCGGGAAGAGCUUCCUGGCCGCGAAAUUGGCUGAGCAUGUGGUGCUGAUGGAGGGACACUCACUGAACAAACAGAUCAUCACGUCUUUCAAUGUGGACAACAAGUCCAGCAAGGAGCUGAAGCAGUACCUGUCUAACCUGACUGAGCAGUGCAGCAGCAGCACAAGGGCCGUGGAGGCGCCUCGAGUCGUCAUUGUAGAAAAUCUGCACCAUGUCGGCUCUCUGAGCGAGAUCUUCAACGGCCUGCUGAACUGCAAACAUAACCGCUGCCCCUAUAUAAUCGGCACUAUGAACCAAACGUCAUCAUCCACGUCCACCCCGAAUCUGCAACUUCACCAUAAUUUCAGAUGGCUGCUUUGUGCCAAUCACACUGAACCAGUGAAGGGCUUCUUAGGUCGUUUUCUGCGGCGGAAGCUUCUGGAAACUGAGAUCAGCAGUCGUGUGCGUAACACCGACCUCGUGAAGAUCAUCGAGUGGAUCCCGUGUGUCUGGCAGCAUCUGAACCGCUUCCUGGAGACGCACAGCUCCUCUGAUGUCACUAUCGGGCCACGCCUCUUCCUGUCCUGUCCCAUGGACGUUGAGGGUUCUCAGGUGUGGUUUACAGAUCUGUGGAACUACUCCAUCAUUCCCUACAUGCUAGAGGCUGUCCGAGAGGGUCUGCAGCUGUAUGGCAGAAAGGCAACGUGGGAGGACCCGUCUCUCUGGGUGUUGGAGAGUUACCCGUGGCCACCCGGCCUCCAGCAGGUCCAGUGUCCUGCUCUGCUCCAGCUGCGGCGCGAGGACGUGGGCUUUGACGGCUUCCCCCGUGAACCCGGCACACAGGGCACAGAGAUCACGCUGGAGGGGGCAGAACAUGACCCGCUGAUGAAUAUGCUAAUGAGGCUUAAGGAGGCAGCUCACUGCACCGGCCCACCGAGCGACGACAGCGACUCCCAGCAGCAACAGUGACAGCGCAGACAUCCAGGAUCCUUCGGUGGAAUCUACACUGUGAACAACACAGCAAUACGUCUUACUCUUCCAUGAAGAGAAGAGUUUACUGUCAGUAACCGCAUACAAAACAGGACAAUCUGUGUAGAAGACAUAUAUGGCUCAUGAAAAAAAAUAGAUCUGGAUUUAUUUUGAAGCAUCAGGCAAUUGACUUUCCUAACAAAUCCGAAUUGUUUAAUACCAUGACCUUCAAGACCACUUGCAUCACAAUGAUAGUAUAAGAGAAAUCUUUGCCCUUAAUAUCGAUUUACGUAGCAAUUUGCACACCAUAUUUCCUGUGAACUAUAUCUACACAAAGUGCCAUAAAGCUGCCUUGCCUUAAAACUAGCCGUCAUGCUAGCUUGAAAUUUAGCCAGCGCAAUAAUGCAGCGUUCGACUUACCUCCGUUCGUAUGUGGAAUUAUGCCGUUUUCAACCUCAGUGCUUUCAAACAUACGAAGUGGAAAAGUCUUUUGUUAGCAACAAGCUAAUGCGAACUGCAAAUUCAUAAUAGUGUUUUAGAUUUAACGAGCGAAUGUGUCUGUAUGUUGAUUGAGCUUUGGGUGUUUUCUUUUGCAUUUCCUGAUUGGAGGUUGGGAAUGACUCGUUGCGACCUGUAGUUGAACGCAUCGUAAAGGUGCGAUGUUGUGUAUCAACGGAGGAGCUGGCUUAAAAAAAGAAGAGCAAAUUAUAAUAAUAAUUUAGAGUAUUUAAAGUCACCUUAAAGUUUUUAAAACAUAGUUUAAUAAUUCAAACCUUUCUGGGGAAUUCAUUUGAGUGCACAGAUUUACCAAAUAUGUGAAAGUGGAGUGUUCUUGCAUCAUAAACGACAAGAGCCAAUCGUCUUACGGUAUGCAAAUGAAGGCCGCACAACACACCGGUUUUGUUUAAUUUGCAUACUGAUUGAAUUUUGAUUUGCAUAUUCAUAGGUUUUCUUAGUGAGUUUUAAAAGUGUAGGGCAUUUUCUGUUGUUUGUGGAACAACCAUAUCAGGGUUUGUUUGUUUUUUGAUGCUCUUCAAAAGCUUUUUUUGGCUGAAUACAUAUUUUAUUUUUAUAACAUCUAUCCACUUUUUUUCAGUUUUGAAAAGGAACUUGUGUCAGAUACAUCAGAGACUUAUGUAGCAGUGCUGACUUGAUCUAACAAAUUUCAUGAAUGGGAAUCUCACACAUAGAAAUGUUAAGGUAAAAAAAAUCAGCAUAGGGUGUGUUCAAACCAGUACUGAAGUUUGAGGUGUAGUGCUUUGCACAAGUGCGCACUAGAUGCCGCCAGAACCGUGUUUCUUUCUCAGUGCAGUUUCUCAGGACUGCUUUGCGCUGCAGUCUCUGUACGAAUCUGUAUGAAUUUCAUCACAAUGCAUAUUUUUUUCAUUCCGUGUUUAGACUCGACUAAUCUUUUACAUGCACAAUCAAGGAAACCGUAUCAUAAGGACUCUUCUACGAGCUUCCGUGCACAAUAUGGAACAUUUUAUGUGGUGCUAAUGUUUCCUAACGCCUUAGUACAUUUGUAUCUACAGUAUGAAUCUUAAAUGCUGGAAAGGUUUACACCAGAAUACCACACUUAAUGUUGGAGACUUUAAGUGAUAUGUCUGAGUGAGCCACAUUUGUAAUCAAAGCCAAUAAGAGAAAUAUGAGCAUCUGGUGAGGAAAUCACAAUAGCCUUGUGUUUACAUGAGAAGUGAAGAAGUGUAAAAGAAGGUGCUAUGUUAUACCUCUUUAAACAGGGUGUUGGUAUUUUAAUGCUGGAAUACCUUUAAUCAUUGAUGCUUCCAGUAGAGUGGUAGAUUUCAAACAGUUUCUUCAAAUGACAGUGCGUUAAAGGAGCAGUCGAUCAUUUAAGAUCCGUCUUCUGAUUGCGAUUAGCAGUUUCAAUUCCGAUAUUUACAACUCACUCGCUUUGUGAAAACGUAUUAUACCUUGUGUGAUACAUACGUUGAACAGCUCUAGAGCCAUUUUUGGGCCGGAAAAAAUAUCAACAGAAAGCCCGAAAAUUAAGAAACCAUCCAGAUCCAUUUAUAUCAAUAAUGCAGAUGACUAUUUUUCUGAGGUUAUAUAGAAAUGAGAUGAUUAUUGCAGGUCUAGAAGCACUUUCAAAAAUGACAAACUGCUCCUUUAAUCUCAACUAGUUCUCUGAGUCAGUGAUAACUGCCCAUUUUGCGAGAGUCUCGUUUGUUUGAAUAGAGACUCUGAUUGUGUGAACUGAUUAUGUGAAUUGCCAGGAGAGGAGAAAAAGACCUCUUGUUUUACGUCUCCAUACAUAGAAGCACUUUGAAGACGCUCACACACACACGCACACACUCAGUAGACUUUGGCAGUCUUUUGCCCAAUCUAAAGAUCCUCUGAGCCAGAGUGAUUUGCUUUCUCCAGAGCCGAUUGCCGGCGUGUCUAGUGGCCCGAUCCGGAGAAUUAUCCCGCCGUCCAUUUUCACGCAGUUUCAAAGGAGCACUCUGCACUGCUUUUGUUUCGACGUCUGCACUUUGUUCGCUCGAGAAAUGAAGUUUUCCAAGCUUUCAUGUGACGCACGACGUCGGACUUGUGAUGCUGAGCUUUUCUCAAUGGACCUUUUGAUUAAAGAGGACGCUAUGCAAUUUUUUUUUCAAUCGUAGUUGUGGUUUCUCAUACUGAUGCAUUGUUUAGCACAACAUUUUGUUGAUAAUUCUUUUUUCAAACACAUUGUGUUGUUUUUUUUUUUUUUAUAUAUGUAUAUAUAAAUGCUCAGAUGGUGAAUGGAAGAGGAAAGACACGACAUGCUUGUAAAAGUCUGUGAAAUAUCCUGAAUGUUAUAAUGCCAUAUUUUUCAUAUACUUUUUGUAUACUUUCACUUGUACAAUAUGUGUGUAAAUUUGAAACCUUGUACCAGAAAUUGAGGAUGUCGUCUAACAAUUCUAUAAAGUUAAAUAGAGUAAAUGAUGUACAGAUGACUUUUCUACCGCCUUGUACAGUUUGUUCGGUUUUAUUUUUUCAACAGAUUGUGGGUCUUUGGAGAAUAAAGAUGAUAACCCUCUCGUA